GUACAUUUUUCUUUUAAAUUAAUAGAUAAUUAUAGGUAACCUUUUUAAUAAACUUUAAACUUAUAUAUAUAUUUCUGCAGAUAGAUUUCGAAUGGGCAGUGAAACUGAAUCGUUUCACUUUAAAUUUGAUUGGACUGUGGCCUAAUAGUGCACAAACUUCUCGACAAAAAUUAAUGUGCAAUUUUCGAGUGCUCGCUGUUUUUUUGAGUAUAACGUUUGGUCUGCUUAUUCCUUCUAUACAUUCUUUGAUAAGAAUUUUUGGAAACCUUGUAUUAAUGCUAGAUAAUUUACAAUUUACUCUACCGCUCAUAAGUUGCUCGAUAAGAAUCGCAAUUUUCUGGUGGAAGAAAGAAGCUGUUAUACCGAUCAUGGACAUGAUUAUGGAGGAUUGGGUAAAGUGGAAAAGUGUAAAAGACAGAAACGUAAUGGUUAGAAGGGCACAGUGUGCACGCAUUAUUAUUACAAUCGCAUAUUGCAUCAUGGCAACAGCAUGUUUUUUCCUUGUUGUGCUGCCUAUCUUUGGAUUAUCGAUGAGAACUACGACCAAUAUUACUGAUCCAGGCAGACUAGUUCCUGUACAAGCUCAUUAUGUUUACGAUGUAACAAAAAGUCCACAAUAUGAAUUUACAUUUAUUAGCCAAUCUAUUUACACUAUUGUGGCUAUGAUGUCUUAUAGUGGAAUCGAUAAUUUUCUCGCAUUACUAGUUUUUCAUAUAUGUGGUCAAUUAGACAUUUUGAAUAAUCACUUAACAAGAUUUGAUAAAUAUAUAAAUUCUCACGAGCUACUAAAAAGUUGUAUAAGAAGACAUAUCCACUUGCUUAGAGCUAUUGACAUUAUUGAAGAUACAUAUAAUAUAAUCCUUCUUUUUUUAUUCGCAUAUUUUGCGUUACAUUUUACUUGUUAUAGUUUCCAAGCAAUUUCUUUAUUUGAUGAAGGAAAUGAUGUAUCAUUCUCUCACUUGACGUAUUUUGUAUCUUGCGUAAUUAAUAUAUUCGUACAUAUGUGCCUAUAUUGCUCCGUUGGCGAGAUUUUAUUUGCACAGUGUAAUAAAAUAUAUUAUGCGGCAUUCAGUAAUAAAUGGUACGCCAUGAAUCCAAAAAUGACUCAAAGCUUGUUGUUUCUAAUGACAAGAGGCUCUAAACCGAUCUAUCUUACUGCUGGAAAAAUAUUCCCUUUAACGAUGUCAACAUUUUGCAGUGUAAGAUAUCGUUAUUACACAUUAUUACAAGAGGAUCAUCCCGUAUUCGUCUCCCUUGAAAAUGAUUAUUGGGGGCAUGCGCGAGAAAUGUUUUUUACUGACUACGAGGUUACGUCGAUUUAUGGAAGAGAAAUAGACGUCAGUCUCUACAUAACAUUCGAUAUGGAAAGUUCAAAAUAUAAUGGAAACCAAGAUUUCGAAUGGGCGGUGAAACUGAAUCGUUUCACUUUAAAUUUGGUUGGACUCUGGCCUAAAGGUGCACAAACUUUUCGACAGAAGUUAAUGUGCAAUUUUCGAGUGCUCGCCGUUUUUUUGAGUAUAACGUUGGGUGUGCUUAUUCCUUCUAUACAUUCUUUGAUAAGAAUUUUUGGAGACGUUAUAUUAAUGUUAGAUAAUUUACAAUUUACUCUACCGGCCAUAAGUUGCUCGAUGAGAAUCGCAAUUUUCUGGUGGAAAAAAGAAGCUAUUGUACCGAUCAUGAACAUGAUCGUGGAGGAUUGGGUAAAGUUGAAAAAUGCACAAGACAGAAACGUAAUGAUCAGAAGGGCACAGUGUGCACGCAUAAUUAUUACAAUCGCAUAUUGCGUAAUGGGAACAACAUGCUUUUUUGUUACCAUUCUACCUAUCUUUGAAAUAUCGAUGAGAACUGUGACCAAUAUUACUGAUCCAGGAAAACCAUUGCUUUUACAAACUCAUUAUAUUUACGAUGUAACAAAAAGUCCACAGUAUGAAUUGACAUUUAUUAGCCAAACUAUUUAUAUUAUUCUUGCUAUGAUGUCCUAUAGUGGAAUUGAUAAUUUUCUUGGAUUAUUAGUUUUCCAUAUAUGUGGCCAGUUAGAUAUUUUGAAGAACCGUUUAACCAAUUUAGAUGAAUGUAUAAAUUCUUACGAGGCACUGAAGAGUUGUAUAACAAGACAUAUGCGCUUACUUAGAGCUAUUGACAUUAUUGAAGAUACGUAUAAUGUAAUACUUCUUUUCUUAUUCGUAUAUUUUGCGUUACUCUUUGCUUUCUACGGUUUCCGGAUAAUUACUUUAUUUGAUGAAGGAAAUAAUAUAUCAUUACCUCACUUGGUAUAUUUUGCAUCCACUGUACUUAAUAUAUUUGUACAUAUGUGCCUAUACUGUGCCCUUGGUGAGAUCUUGGUUGCCCAGUGUAAUAAGAUAUAUUAUGCGGCUUACUGUAAUAAAUGGUACACCAUGAAUCCAAAAGUAACUCAAAGCUUGUUGUUUUUAAUGAUAAGAGGUUCUAAACCAGUUUAUCUUACUGCUGGUAAAGUAUUUCCUGUAACGAUGGCAACAUUUUGCAGUGUAAGAUAUUAUAAAUUACUAAAAACGUCAGUUGGAUACAUAUCCGUUUUACAUACAGUGAGAAGUUAAUAUUAAUAUGAAAUAAAUUUAAAGUUUUUUGUUAUUAUGCAACUUUUUAUAGUAAAGAAAACAGUAAUUGCAAAUAAAUUAUAGAUUUUACUACAGAA